CCGCUCCCCGCAGCGUACACAAACACACAGCAGACAGCAGAGCUACGCCGCUCGGGGUUCUCUCCGGCUCUCUCGUCUCCAUCAGUCCUCGGUAGUCAGUAGUAGUAGCAAACGCAGCACUCCGUUUCGAUAGUAAAAGCAGAGGAAAACCAGAGACCACCAGGUAGCAGCCAUGAGGCAAGCGGCCAACGGAGCCGGAGCCGGAGGCGACGGCGUGAGCCCCGGCAAUGUCCCCGUGUGCUACUACGGGCCCGGCGGGCGCGUGUCGGCGUCGCUGGAGCGGCGGGUGCGCGCCGCCGAGGUGUUCCUGCGGUGCGCGGCGUGCGGCCUCGCCGUGCUCGCCGCCGCCCUCCUCGGCGCCGACCGCCAGUCGCGCACCUUCUUCUCCAUCCAGAAGGUCGCCCGCUACACCGACAUGCAAUCCCUCGUGAUUUUGGUGAUAGCGAGUGGGAUGGUUGCUUGUUAUAGCCUCAUACAGGGUGCAAGGUGCUUGCUGAGCAUUGUGAGAGGCGGUAUCCUUCUCAGCAGGCCCUUGGCAUGGGCUAUCUUCUCUUGUGAUCAGGUGAUGGCGUACAUCAUAAUCGGGGCGGUGGCGGUGGCGAUGGAGGCGGCGCUGAUAGGCAAGUACGGGCAGGUGGAGUUCCAGUGGAUGAAGACGUGCCAUCUCUACCAGCGGUUCUGCACGCAGGCGGGCGGAGGCGUGGCCUGCGCCAUCGCGGCCAGCGCCAGCAUGGUCGGCAUCUCGCUGCUCUCGGCUUUCAACCUCUUCCGGCUCUACGGCGAAGGCAAAGGGAGGAAGUGACCGACCCGUCAAUCCAAGCCCCUCCCGAUCGCUGCGUGUGGCUCUCUCUUGCUAGGUUUUAACACCAAAUCUGGAGGACUGAACGACCGUAUGUAGCUAUGAUCGAUAUGAUCCAUGCCUGCUGCCCCUAUCCGUUGUUUUCUUUCUUCUUCUUUUUAGUUUGUUGCUGUUGACAUGGGUGUCAGCGUUAGCUAUAAAAGCCUCUGGGACACGACACGAACGAACAGACGAACGACCGGCCGGUUUCUCUGUAUAUGAUGUGAAGUGAUCGGAGGUGUUUGUCCUAGUGAUAUGCGUAAUAAAAAAGAAGCUAGAAAGUGGUGUGUCGAUCGCUGUGGGCGGCGGCAGGAUUCAUGGCA